ACUUGCGUGAAGAGUUUUUUCAUUGGAAUGGAAAAACUUCAUCUUAUUACGAGUUCAACUCGUUACCAGUUAUUAAUUUCGAUAAAACAUCCGUGGGGCUCAUUUAGCGCACAAUACGAUGAUUUUAGUAUUGGAAAUUCGACAUCAUUCUACAAUUUAGUGUCGAUUGGAAGAUAUAAUGGCAACUUGAAUGUCUUUCAGUGGAAUGUAAAUCAGCCAUUUUCCACGUACGAUCAAAAUCAUUAUUUAAAUGCUCAGAAUUGUGCGCGGAAGUAUUUAAAGGUGGCUGGUGGUAUCAGCCAAGCUGUAGCGAUGAUAAUCUAAAUGGUUCCCUUUAUGGAUCGAACAGCACGCCUUCCGGUACCACACUCAUGAAGAUUCGUCCAUACACUGAUCUAUAC